AUGAAGCCUGGCGUUGCUGCUCAACAACUAUGGGAUCGAUUGUCUGAAAUCCUUCAGGACAACAAAGCUACUCGUGCAGUCUACCUUGAAGAACAAUUCACCAGCACACGCCUAGAUGCCUUUGCCAGUGUCACCGAAUAUUGUGCUUGUUUGAAAAACCUUGUUGAUCAAUUAACUAAUGUUGGCAAUCUUGUAUCUGAGCAAAAGAUGGUUCUACAAUUUGUUUCAGGUCUAACCAAGGAAAGACGCGGGAACAAACAAGAUACUCAUGCUCCCCAAGCCUUUGCUACCCAAACUUCUGACUCUCCUAACCUUCAUGUUCACUCUCAGAACAGUGACAACAACACCAGUCGCAAUUUCAGAAGCGAUCAUGGUGAUCAGGGCAACUAUCGUGGCGGCUAUAGAGGUGGGGGUCAUCGUGGUGGUGGUUGUGGCUAUAGAGGAAGAGGUCGUGGUCGGUCCCACUACACGCAACAAAACUACACUCAACAAAAUCCAUGGCAACAAGCAGCCCUCUAUCUUGCUAGUCAACUAACCUCGCCUCCAUGCCCUUACCCAACAACACCUCCUCAAUUUAUUCAAUAG